UUCUCUUUUUAAUAAACAUAGAUUAUUGUGUUUGGCAAACCAUCUAUGAACAUUCUCGACCUACGUAAAUCAAGUUUGUAUGACCAACAAUUGUAAUUCCAAAUGCAUGACAUUCAAACAUAAACUGAAAAUGGAAUCAUCACACACACCAUGACUCUGCAGUUGAUCUUGAUCAUGCUCAUGCAAUGCACUCUCACCUAUUUAUCAAUCACCAUAACAGUAACUCCCAUCAUCAUCCAGAUUUGAUUUUGAACACCAAAAAAAUAAGAAGCAAAUGCCUCCUCACCAUCCUCUCCCCAUCUUACUCCUCCUCCUGUUCAUAUCCGCACCUUCGCCCGCGGCCGCCCUCAACACGGUCGCAGACUGUGGGCCGAGCCUGCUGCCUCUAUCCCCAUGCGCCCCCUUCGUGCAGGGCAGCACCCCUGCUCCGGUCCGCAAGUGCUGCGACAGCGUCGAGAAGCUCUACAAGCACAACGUCACGUGCCUCUGCGUGCUGCUUGACAACUCCGGCCCCGAGUUGCCUCUGCCGAUCAACACCACCCUCGCUCUUCAGCUACCCCUCCUUUGCAAACUCAAUAUCAGCCCUACUACCUGCCCAGGAGUUUUGUUGCCUUCUCCGUCUCCUCACACUAAUGCUUCCGUUGCGGCCAACCCGAACUCAAGAGCUAAAGGUAUGGAACUUACUGAAAUCACCACUGGAAAUGAAUGGUUAUCUUCAAGCAGACUUGUGCUGGUUUUAAUCACUGAAUUACUUGUGUUUGAUGACUUGUUUCUGUGGGGGAUUUCAGCUUCUCCGAUGGGCACAGGAUCGCCUAGGCCACGGUUUGUGAGCUUCGCCUAUCAUAAUAAUGCUGAGGUGAGGAUAGAGGCGGAAACUCGGGUGCUGAUGCUGAUAAUGGCUGCAAUUUUCUUUUUACAAUGAUAUAGGAGUAGUUUAUUUGGUGUGAUAUAUCAUACUCUUUAUUUGCUUGUGAUUAAGCGCAGAGAGUUCAAUACAAUCUGGUACUUAAUAUUAAUGUAAGAAUAUGACAGGGAAUGCAUAAGACAUCAGGGGCUUUACAUACCUCCAAGAUA